CCGCGCGCCCGCUCGCCGCCGGCCGGCGCCGGCGGCGCCGACGAGGUGGGGCGGCAGCUGCACCACCAGAAGCUGCUGCUCGACGGCCUCGUGGAGAAGGCGGCCCGCUGCGCCCGCCUGGUCGAGGCCGGCGCCGCGCGGCUGCAGGAGGUGAGGGCCCGGCUGGCCAGCGAUUUGAAGGGCAAGGCCGAGGCCCUGACAAUAGACGAGGCUGUUCUUGGGGUGCACGGCGGGUCUGCAGGAAGCGGCCCCCGCGCCGCCGCCCCGCCGCCCGCGGAGCCGACGGCGGCGGCGGCCGCGGCGGCCAAGGGCGCGGGCAUGCUGGCCGGCACGCUCACGGCGGCGCCCCCGGCCCUGGUGGGGACGAGCCCGGGCGGGCGGCGGCGGUGGGAGGGCGACACGGCGGCGCUGGUGGCGGCGGCACACCAGCUGGUCGGGGAGUCUGCCAGGCUGCGCCAGCGGGUGAAGGAGGUGCUGCUGGAGACGGCGUCCGCGGCGGUGGGCAGCGCCGACGCCGUCAACACCAGCCUGGCGCGGCGCAUCCAGGACACGCGCCGCGUCAAGGCACAGCUGCAGGAGCGGCUGAAGCAGGUGGAGCAGGAGGCUGUGAGGGCGGCGAAGGAGCAGGAGAGCCUGCGGCGCAGCCUCGAGGAGAAGAGGGCGCCACUGGAGCAGCUCAAGGCGCGCUUCGACAUGCGGCGCCGCCGCCCCGGCCCCGAGGCCGUGGCCGACGAGGUGGAGAGCGCGCUGGCGGCCGAGGCCGCCGGGCUGGCGGCGGUGGCGCGGCAGCUGGAGAGGCACGAGGCCGCGGUGGGGGAGCAGGUGCGCCAGCUGCGGGACGUCGCGGCGGCGCUGCGGCCGGGCAUAGACGACCGCGCGGCCGCGGAGGAGGUCGAGGCGCUGGCCGCGCGCCUGGACGGCAGGGAGGAUCUCGACUCGCCGCGCGCACCCUCCAUCAUCAGC